AUGGACUCAACGAUCUCAUUUGUUGGUCCCAAUUAUGGAUCAGAAAUAGGCAUCAACCAUGGUUUUAUCAAGAACGAGUUUCAUCUUCCUCAGGGUAACUUAAAAGAGUACUUGUUAAGUGUCGAUCGUACUAACCUUUGUGCAGACCUUAAUCAAUUAUUACCUAUCGUGCCCGGGGCUGCAUUCAACUCAUAUGCAGACCAACAUAAAGAUAAAUGUCUCCCAGGCACACGAACCGAAAUUAUCGAUCAAAUCAGAGAAUGGGCAUCGUCACCACACGGGAAAUGCAUGUUCUGGUUGAAUGGUCUAGCUGGGACAGGCAAAUCAACUAUCUCUCGAACCAUGGCGGAAUCCUUCAGCCAUUCUAAGUCCCUAGGAGCAAGCUUCUUCUUUGAGAGAGGUGAAGGAGACCGAGGGAAUGCCAAAAAGCUUUUUCCAACAAUCGCAAGACAACUAGCGAUUAGCAUUCACCAGUUGAAGCCAUUCCUCCAAAAAACCGUCUAUGGUGACCCGGACAUCGCAGAAAAGGCAAUAAGAGAGCAAUUUGAAAAACUUAUUAUUCAGCCACUACAAAGCCUUGAGCGAUCCGAUGUCCCUAUCCAAAUCAUGGUGAUAGUGAUCGACGCACUGGACGAAUGUGAGGGAGAUAAUGAUAUUCGGCUUAUAAUUCGACUUCUCCCACAGCUACAAAAUAUCACUGCUAUACGCCUACGAGUGCUUUUAACUAGCCGGCCUGAUCUACCGAUCCGUCUCGGAUUUUUAAAGAUUGCAAGCAAUGACCAUAAGGACCUUGUGCUCCAUGACAUCCCUAUGGAGGCGAUCAAGCAUGAUAUAUCAUUGUUCUUUGAUUAUCGACUCGCCGAAAUUAGAACAGAACGCUCCCUACCUGCAGACUGGCCUGGUGACAAAGAUCUUCAGAGGCUAGUGGCAUUAUCCGUUCCCUUGUUCAUUUUCGCUGCUACUAUCUGUCGUAUAUUCGAGGAUCCGAAUUGGGACCCAACUGAAAGUCUUACGGAGAUCCUUUCACGAUCAAAAGAUCAAUCGCAGUUAGAUAGGACUUAUAUUCCGGUUCUUGGCCGUCUUCUUAGCGGACAGCAUGAACGACAAAAAGAGAGACUGGUCUCAGAGUUCCAACAAGUGAUCGGUGCCAUCGUGAUACUAGAAAGCCCACUCUCAGUGAUCUCACUAUCAAAGCUUUUAGAUAUUCCUGAAAGGCUGAUACAUCUUCGUCUAAACCAGCUGCACUCAGUGCUUCAAGUGCCAGAUAGCGACGCAGUUCCUAUACGUCUCUUUCACCUGUCAUUUCGUGACUUUCUUCUCAAUCCGGAGACCCGCAGCAAAACACCUUUGGGGGUGAAUGAGACAGAGAUACACUACAGGCUUGCCAGGCAAUGUUUGCUGAUGUGUCAAAAACUUCGGAAAAAUAUAUGUAGACUACCAAGUGAUGGAACCCUUCGUGCUGAAAUUGAUCGUCGGACUGUUGAUACCUACAUUCCCUCUGAGUUGCAGUACGCCUGUCGAUACUGGGCAUAUCAUCUGGAUAAAUGCAGGGACUCGAGUAAUAUGGUUUAUAAUGCUCUGUUAUUUCUCCAGAGGCAAUUUCUACGGAAGCAUUUUCUACACUGGGUGGAAGCAAUGAGCCUACUUGGUCUCACGUUAGAUAUGUUAGGUAUUCUUGAUCGCCUUCAAAUAGCCUUAUCGGACAAAAACUUUUCCCCAGUUUCAGCCUUUUUUCAAGACGCAAAGCGCUUUUUUUUGAAAUAUCGCCAGAUAGUUGAUCGAGCGCCUCUUCAGGUUUACUGUGCCGGACUUAUAUUUGCACCCCAAACGGCAAUAAUUCGUAGAGAGUUCAGGCGAGAGCUCCCAACUUGGAUAUGCCAGUUUCCACAAGUUGAAGACAAUUGGGGUGCAGAAAUACAGACACUUGAAGCUCAUUCGGGUUCGGUCCAGUCGGUGGCCUUCUCGUGUGACUGCCGACUACUGGUGUCUGGCUCUGGUGAUAUGACAGUACGGGUCUGGGACCCAGCGACCGGCACACUCAUCCAGACACUUGAAGCCUAUUCAGGUUCUGUGUAUUCGGUUGUAUUCUCACCUGACGCCCAGCUUCUCGCAUCUGGCUCUUACGACAAUAAACUGCGGCUCUGGGACCUAGCAACAGGUGAGAUCACCCAGACGCUUGAAGGUCAUUCGGGUUCGAUCCAGUCAGUAAGCUUCUCGCCUGACGGCCAGUUGCUGGUAUCUGGAUCUAAUGAUCAGACAGUACGACUCUGGGAUCUAGCAAUAGGCGCUCUCACCCAGACGCUUAACGGCCAUUUGGGUUCAGUUCAGUCAGUGGCCUUCUCGCCUAACGGCCGGCUUCUUGCUUCUGGCUCUAAUGAUCAGACAGUACGACUCUGGGACCUAGUCAGAGGUGCGCCUAUCCAGACACUUAAAGGCCACUCUAAUAGGGUUCGUUCAGUUGCCUUCUCGCCCGAUGGCCGGCUACUAGCGUCUGGUUCUAGUGAUAUGACAGUGCGGGUCUGGGACCCGGUGACCGGUGCACUCAUCCAGACACUUAAAGCCUAUUCAGGUUCUGUGCAUUCGGUUGCAUUCUCACCCGAUACCCGGCUUCUCGUAUCUGGUUCUUAUGACCAUAAACUACGGCUCUGGGACCUAGCGACAGGCAAGAUCACCCAGACACUUAAAGGUCAUUCAGGUUCAAUCCAGUCAGUAAGCUUCUCGCCCAAUGGCUGCCUUCUGGUAUCUGGCUCUGAAGACCAGACAGUACGGCUUUGGGAUCCGGCGACACACACGCUCACCCAGACAUCCGAAGAAUAUUCAAAUUCAGUUCAGUCAGUGGCCUUCUCGCCUGAUGGCCGGCUUCUCGCGUCUGGCUCUAAGGAUCAGACAGUGCGGCUUUGGGACCCGGCAACAGGAGCGCCUAUCCAGACACUUGAAGGCCACUCUAGUUGGGUUCGUUCGGUUGUCUUCUCUCCCGACGGUCAGCUACUGGUUUCUGGCUCUGGUGAUAUGACAGUACGGUUUUGGGAUCUAGCGACACGCACGCUUACCAAGACACUCGAAGGCCAUUCAGGUUCAGUUCAGUCAGUAGCCUUCUCGCCCGAUGGCUAUCUGCUAGCCUCUAGCUCUGAAGACCAGACAGUGCGGCUCUGGGAUAUAGAGACAGGUUCACUUACCCAGACACUCAAAGGUCAUUCAGAUAUGGUUGAGCCGAUUGCCUUCUCGCCCGACGGCCGUCGUUUAGCGUCUGGCUCCUACGAUCAGACUGUACGACUCUGGGACACAGCGACAGGCGCGCUUAUCCAGACACUUGAAGGCCACUCUAGUUGGAUCGAUUCGGUUGCUUUCUCGCCCGAUGGCCGUCUUCUAGCAUCAAGCUCUGCUGAUUGUACAGCGCGGCUCUGGGACCUAGCGACGGGCGCCCUCAUGCAAACUUGGAAUAUCGAAAAUUCCUUUACUACGCUAGAAUUUUCCUACGACGGUAUUCAUAUCUAUACCACUUUCGGCGCUCUUGAAAUAAAAUCCAAGUUUGAAAAUUCAAUGUCCCAUCCACCUCGUGCAAAUCUGGGUAUCUCUAUUGAGCAUGGACAAUGGAUAAAAUUAAAGGGUGAGAAGGCUCUCUGGCUACCUGUAGAGUAUCGACCCAGGUGUCUUAAGACGAAGGGUAAUACACUGGCCAUGGGGCACACGUCAGGGCGGAUUUCCUUUUUCAAAUUUCGUAUGUAG